AUGAAGGUCGUAGAACAAGAAUGCAUUACGGUGAUGGAAGGCGAAUGGACGCCCGACGAGGUGAUCCGGGAUAUCGUUGAAGGAGGCACGCAGGAGGAUCCCUUCUACGUGAUGGACCUGGGCGAGGUGGUCGCUAGGUACCGUCGCUGGAAGGAGCUCAUGCCUCGUGUCGAACCUUUCUACGCCGUGAAAUGCAACGACGAUAAACUUCUGGUGUCAACUCUGGCCGCGUUGGGCGCCGGUUUCGACUGCGCCUCGAAGGCCGAGAUAGAACUUGUCACCUCCAUUGGAGUCGAGCCCGAGCGCAUAAUAUUCGCGAACCCGGCAAAGAUGGCGUCUCAUAUCCGGUACGCGUCUGCUAUGGGAGUGGACGUCAUGACGUUUGACUCUGAGACCGAACUCAUGAAAGUCAAGCAAUACAUGCCGCACGCCCAGCUGGUGAUCCGUAUCCGUUGCGAUGCGGAGAACGCGCAGUGUCCGCUGGGCAUCAAGUUUGGGUGCGACGCCGUCACCGAAGCGCCGCGACUACUCAAGCUGGCCGCAGUGCUCGGCCUUGAGGUGAUCGGCGUGUCGUUCCACGUGGGCAGCGGCGCGGGCGAGACGGGCGUGUACGCGCGCGCGCUGGGGCUGUGCCGCGCGCUCUUUACCGUCGCGCGCAACCUGGGCCACGCGCGCAUGCGCCUCGUCGACGUGGGCGGCGGCUUCCCCGGCGGCUCGCACACCGACAUCUUCGAGGUGUCGCAGGUGAUCAACGCGUCGCUGGAGGAGCUGUUCCCGGAGCGCGGCGUGCGCGUGAUCGCGGAGCCGGGCCGCUACUUCGCCGCGGCCGCCUACACGCUCGCCGCCUGCGUACACGCCAAGCGGGAGAUAACAUCGAAGGACGUAGAUGGCGAAGCGGAAGCCCACACUAUGUACUUCAUCAACGACGGUGUGUAUGGCUCCUUCAACUGCGUGCUCUACGACCAUCAGAAGGUCGCCGCCGAACCGCUCAACCCAACAUCGGAGGAGCUGCUGCCAUGCUCGGUGUGGGGCCCGACUUGCGACGGGCUGGACUGCGUGCUGCCCUCCACCCGCCUGCCCCCCCUCCGUCUGGGCGACUGGCUGGUGUUCCGGGACAUGGGCGCGUACACGCUGCCCGUGGCCUCGUCCUUCAACGGCUUCCCUGUUCCGCGCGUUAGGACGCUCGUCGACGACAAGACCUGGGCUGUUCUGAAAGAGCUCGGGCCGCUGAGCUCGGCGCACGUGUCCCCGGGUCGUGUGUCGCCCGCCUCGCCCGUGGACGAGCGCCCCUCUCCCUCGCACUCCCCGCCGCUGGUGGGCGGCGCGCCCCUCGCCGUGUUCGUGGAGUGCGCGCUCAAGUGA